AUGACGCCUCAUCCCUCGGGUGCGCCAGCUGUCCAAGUGACCCAGGAGACAGAGCAGCCCUUCCAGGGCGUCUUCGACGACGAAGUGAUCUGCGUGGCGUCGACUCCGACCAGCCCAGCUCGAGUGCGGGGGAACUGUGCCGACGAGGAAGGGGGUGGCUGCCGAGGGGCCUCGAGGAAGCUCCGGACGAGACGCGGGGGGCGCAGCCGGCCCAAGAGUGAGUUGGCUCUGAGCAAGCAGCGACGGAGCCGGCGCAAGAAGGCCAAUGACCGCGAGCGCAAUCGAAUGCACAACCUCAACUCGGCCCUGGAUGCGCUUCGCGGCGUCCUGCCCACCUUUCCCGACGAUGCCAAGCUUACCAAGAUCGAGACGCUCCGCUUCGCGCACAACUACAUCUGGGCGCUGACGCAGGCGCUGCGCAUAGCAGACCAUAGCCUCUACGGGCUGCAGCCUCCCACACCGCCCUGCGAGGAGCUGGGCUGCCAGGACGGCAGCUCUCCGGGAGACUGGGGCUCCCUCUACUCCCCGGUCUCCCAGGCGGGCAGCCUGAGCCCCGCCGCCUCGCUGGAGGAGCGUCACGGGCUGCAGGCACCUGCCUCUCCUGCCGGUCUGCGCCCCAGCGCCCUAGCUCUUUCAGACUUCCUAUGA